AUUGAAUAUUUAUACAUCGUGGUUGAAGAUAAAUAAAAUUAGUAAAUGCAUAUUAUCGAAAUAAAGCCAUGUAUGUAUAUUUUAAAUAACAAAUAGUCGAAUAUAACACUCAAUUAAUUAACAUUUGAGGGUAAAUUACGUUUGGUUGUUUAAUAUUUACAUUGUUGUAAUUACUACAAAUACUACUAUCCAAGCUGUAUAUUAUAAAAACCUAAAACGUAGUUCGUUUAAUGGCCGUUGAUUAUAAAUUGACAAAAAUUAAUAAUUAAUUCCUAUUUACCACAAUUAAUCGCCAUAAAUCUACUCAUUGGUUUAAUUUAUUGUCUUCUAAUAUUUGCUAUCAAUAUUUAACAGAACAGUAAACAAAAUAUAAAUUAUCUUUCAAAGUUUAAGAGUGGCGCUAGUGUCGCACUAUUCCCAUCUGCGCACAACCGACCGCCAUCUUGUUUGUUUUCACUCUGCUCGCCGACACUCAGCUGAUCAACUUGUUUGAUGAGUGAAUUAUCAUUACUUCGAUUAGUUUACCUAGUUUACGUUCCUAACCUAAGUCGUCACGCGAGGCUUGUUAUAAAUUGAAUUAAAAUGCGAAUUCUGUGCUCAGUUUGCGUGAUCAACCGACAACUCGUCAACCAACCCCUGGGCAUCAACCAACAACAACAAAAACGUAAAUAUCUCAAAUCCACGCUUGCUUUAUGCAAACAACCGUGCAGUUCCAAGGACAAACAGCCGGAAUUCUGCAUUAUCCUCUUUACAUCAACGAACAAAACCGGCGUCAAGUAUCCAGUGAAGGAAAAUGUGAGUCAAAUACUAAUCAGAUUCAUCCAUGAAGGCAAAGCAACUCUGCAAUUCAAGCAACCAGCACAUGAUCUGUUCAUUCAAGCAACAGUUCCACAACUGAAACAGUUCCUAACACUUUUAAAGAAAAUCCUGCAGAAUAAACUGACUGCAGCUGAUAUGAAGUCAUCAGGAGUGUCAGGCAUUGGUGUGACUGCUCUGGAUCACAAAACAGUCGCACCGACAAAGUUAACCAUCAAAAACCGGUCGGAAUAUCCCGUUAAAGGAUUCCCAGUCACUCUGGAAGUACUACACAUCAAUGAUGUAAGAAGACUUGGUUUUGACAGAGGCAUUCUCAAGUUGCUCAACCUUCGUGUCCUUGAUCUGUCAAACAAUCUGAUCGAAUUCCUGCCGGAGGAGUUGAACAAGUUGCCUAACCUGGUCGAGAUUAACCUGAAGGGUAACCUAUUCGGUAAAAGUGCGCCACGCAAGUGGGAUUGGAUGGGUGGUAAUCUCUCACGAACACUACGCGCCCUCAACGUGUCGAAAAACGAAUUAAAAUAUCUCCCGAAUCAGUUAUUGCGUUUACACGCACUUGUCACUCUGAAUAUCGAUGAUAAUCAGCUUCGGUUCCUUCCGAGCGGCAUCGGCAACCUUCGUAAUCUACGCAUAUUCACCGCUAGUAAUAAUCAACUUGUAAGCUUCCCGGGAAGCAUAAAAAAACUAAUUCUUGAUGAAUUAGACGUGAGUUCCAAUGCGUCUAAUGUUGAAAUGAACGACGUGCAGCGGAAUAUAUUCGCUGCGCAGUUCCCGAAAGCAUUACCAGUGUUAACUCUUAAAGAAUACGCUGGCAGAAAAGUCUUAUUUGACAGGUUGCCAUAUUGUAAAAACACCCCGCAGAUUAUUAUUAAUUAUCUAGAAACAGCCAGGUAUUGCGUGUGUGGUAAAGCUUGCUUUGACAAAUACGUCGCGCAUAAAGACAUCAUGUGGCUGGAGAAUAUCACGCGCGAGUUGCGCUCAUCGCGUGAAACCGGCGGGUUUGUUCCGGUGGAUUUAUACUUCUGCUCGCUGCAGUGCUUCGCGCGCUCACAGCGCAGGCGCAUGCUGGUGCGAUUUAUUAGCAGUGUUUAUCCAUCUAGUUUCAGUUUAGAUGUGGAUGAGGAGGAUGGAGGUGAUGGAACAAUGUGGAAUCGCGUAAAUCUCCUCAGAAAACUGCAGUAUUUAUACAUAAGUAACGUUCAGCAAGCGCCUAAACCUUCAGUGCCAGAAAAUAUCAAACUUACACAUCGUUUUCUCGAAUAUUUUCAAGCAAACAACACCGAAAAAACACUCAUCACAAACACGCAAAACAUCAAAGGAGUACGUGCACUGCUUGAAAUGGACAAAACUCUAUGCAGUAAAGCAUCCGAGAUGACCAACAGUGAAAUCCUUCAAUACCUCACAAUUUAUUUACUGAAUUCACCAAGAAAAAUCACAAAUUUUGACUUCUACACGAUUUCAAACUCGAUUUUAGCGCAUAGAAUAGAAGAAUUAACAGCCCAGGAGUUUGUACAGUUUAUGUACAUGGUUGCCCUAAAGAAAAACAGUUAUGAAGCAUCAAGACACAUGAAAAAAUGCAUGUUUCACCUGAAUACUAAUCCAGAAAUGUUGAGAGCAUUCUCACUGACUGAUUUACUAGUGUUGUGCAAUGCAACAUUCAAAACCAGUACUAGAAUAUACAAUAAGGAACUAUUGAGUAUCUUACAGCAGUGUUUACUGAACAAUCUGCACUUGUUUGAUGAUCCUGGCAUGCUAGUAACAUUAAUUAAAUCAUUAAGACACAAUGAGUGCCAAAAUGAGGAGCUGUUAGCCACUAUAUCAGCAGUGAUAUUUUUUAAUCAAACAUAUAAACACUAUACAUUCACAGCAAUCAGUCAUAUCCUACCUUUGUUUGCUGAUUAUUUAUAUUACGAUGAGAAAUUGUUUGAAUUAUUCACGCAGCGUGCGAUUAAUCAACUUAUAACGACAAAUAUUCGCGAAAAACGCGCGUAUUUUAUUGAUAAUAUUCGUGGGAAAGACAUUAAACGUUUUCUGUGGUCAUGCAGCUUCGUUGGGCAUCGUUUAAAUCAAACACAUUUGAAAUUAUUCGAAGAAGAAAUUUAUGCACGGUCUGUGAGUGGUUAUUAUGAUGACGAACCGGAAACACUACUGGAUUCAGUGUUUUAUUUGUGGAUGUUAGAGUUCCACUCUGAAAAGUUAUUAAAUUUAUGCAAGGAUAAAAUCGGUGUGAUUCGAAAGAUGCAAACAAAAACAAAAAUUCGGUUGAAUAUGUUGUUGAUUUGUAUGCAGGUUGAAGAUAUGCAACUUUAUAAACGUUUUGGUGUGAAAGCUGAAGUGUUUAAGGCGGAUAUAAAGCUAGAGUUGGAGAAACGGCCGAAUUUAAUGAAGAUUUAUAAUGUUUUGAAAGUGUUUAUGAGUGAUUUGGAUGUGAAUCGGCUGGAAUUCGAGUAUCAAGUGCCACAUUUUAAUGUUUUGGGUAUAACUGGAUACAGGAAGAAUGUUUACAAGGCUUUUGUGGUUGAAGUUCUCGAUGAGAGCAACCGAGUGAAGAAUGUGGAUGAAAAAAUGUCUGGUAGGCUGCAAGUCAAGACGAGGCUAAUGUACAAAAUGGAUUUGACAGUUGUCCUAUUAAACUCUGCAGAUUUUGAAGAUUUAAACGAUUUAGAGUUGAAGGAAUACGUCAGGAGAGAAAUGUCCAUCGUGUCAUGAAUAUUUUAAUACAAGUUUACAGAAAAAUCGUGAUUCAGUCAAAGAAAUAAAUAUUUAUGUACCAAAUUAAA